CUCUGCCCCGGCCUGUCAAUCGGGCGCAUAUAAAGCCAGCCCACCGUGGGUUACUCCCGCUGUGAUUAAAGCAAAACUCGUAUGAGCUUGAGCCACCAUGGCGCCCCUUCGGACUGUCUUGAUCACCGGCUGCUCCGCCAACGGCAUCGGAUCGGCCCUGGCCGUCGCGCUCGCCAAUCAAGGCCACCACGUCUUCGCCACUGCGCGCUCACCAUCCAAGAUUCCGUCGUCUCUCACCACUUUGUCCAAUGUCACCCCUCUCCAGCUCGACGUCACAUCAUCAGAGUCUGUGGCUGCUGCCGUUCAGGCAGUCGAGCAGCAUGGAACAGGCCUAGAUAUUCUCAUUAACAAUGCGGGCUCCGGUUACACCAUGCCGCUGCUGGACGUCGACCUCACCCAAGCCCAGCAGGUCUACGAGACCAACAUCUGGGGUCCGCUGCGUCUUGUUCAAGCACUAGCGCCAUUGCUAAUAUCCCGCGGUGGACGCGUCGUCAACAUAAGCAGCGUGGGUGCAGUAGUCCCCACGCCAUGGAUCGGCAUCUACUCAUCAUCGAAAUCCGCCUUGAGCAAUCUCUCCGAGACCCUCCGUCUCGAAGUAGCACCACUGGGAGUAUCCGUGGCCACGCUCAUGAUCGGCACCGUCACGACGCCGUUUCAUGCAAACGAGCCCAGAUUCACCCUCCCACCAAGCUCGCGAUAUGCGGCUAUCGCAGAGACCAUCUCCCGCUGGGCGUCAGGUGAGGCGAGUCCCAAGGGAUGCUCGGCCCAAGAGCUGGCGGAUUUGAUCCUGCCUGAUGUACUAGGUACGACAGGACAUGGCAUGUUCUGGCGCGGACCGAAUAGUGGUGCGGUGAAGUUUGUGUCUCAAUGGGUGCCUGGAUGGUUAGCUGAUCGCAUGAUGAGCACUGGUCAGGGAUUGGAUGAGCUCGCGGCGAGUCAGUCAAAGUAAAUGGUGGCCAAGUCCGCCUAAUUGUUUGGCUAUAUGUAGAGUUAUAGAAAAGUAAUUGCAGACCAUUGGUACUCGCUAUUUAGCCAGCUACAUACAUCCUUUUAAGGGGCCCCUCGGCCAAGCUGUGACCCAUGUAAAGUGCCUAAGGUGUCUCGUAUGAAUUCCGACCGUCAAGCAUCAACUGCCUUGGGAGGAUAUAUAGAGGUAGAGAGUAUUCAUUACUGGACCUCACCAACUGCAAGAAAACAUCAGUCAUAUUUAUGAACAAUCAGCUGUCAUU